CUUGAAGCAAUUAAAAUAUUAUACGUACAUAUUUUUCUUAACUUCGAAACCGAUUUCAUUGAGAAUGACUUCGUUUACACGUUCAUCGCAAUGGUGUUUUAAGUUUAUUGAUCCCAACGUAUGGGGGACCUUUACGCGAUUUAGCUCGGCUAAAUGUGGCAAUGGUGCAGGUGGUAAAGAUUUGCGCACCACCCUUGCGGAGAAAGUUAAGUCCGAGCAGCAACGUGUAAAAAAGUUUGUUACAGAGAAUGGAAAAAAGAAAAUAGGCGAUGUUCUGGUUUCGCAGAUUUAUGGCGGUAUGCGUGACUUACCGGCGUUGCUUUGCGAAACCUCACUACUAGAUUCCGAAGAAGGUUUAAAAUUCCGUGGUUUUCCUAUACCGGAGUGUCAGAAGUUACUGCCGAAAGCUGAAUGUGGCGAAGAACCUUUGCCGGAGGGCAUGUUUUGGCUGUUAAUGACAGGAGAAAUGCCCACACCGGAACAGGCAAAAAUGGUUACAGACGAAUGGAAUGAUAAGGGUGCAUUGCCAGAUUACGUGCAGAAGAUUUUGGACAAUUUACCGCAAGAUUUGCAUCCAAUGACACAAUUCUCGAUAGCAGUAGCGGCGCUUAGCAUGGAGAGUGAAUUUGCGAGUGCCUAUAAAAAGGGGGUGAAGAAAAGAGAAUACUGGAAGUAUUCACUGGAGGAUGCAAUGAUAUUGUUAGCCAAGAUACCUAAUAUAGCAGCAUACGUUUUCAAAAAGCGUUUUCGUCGCGGGAAAGGUUGCAAUGAAAUUGACAAAAAAUUAGAUUGGUCGGCCAAUUUCGCUCGGUUUUUGGGUUAUGAUGAUCCACAUUUCGAUGAACUUUUACGUUUAUAUCUGUUUGUUCACAGCGAUCAUGAUUCGGGAAAUGUUUCUUCUCACGCCACACACUUGGUAGCAUCAGCAUUGAGUGAUCCAUUCCUUGCCUUCGCAGCCGGUCUAAAUGGUUUAGCGGGUCCACUACAUGGCCUGGCUAAUCAAGAGGUGAUUUUAUGGAUUAAUAAAAUGCAGAAAGAAUUGGGCAAUGAUAAUCCACCAGCUGAAAAAGUCAAAGAAUAUGUACAUAAAACAUUGAAAUCCGGACGAGUUAUACCAGGUUACGGUCAUGCUGUUUUGCGUAUGACCGAUCCACGUUAUAUGGCACAGCAACAGUUCGCCGAAAAGUAUUUGCCUAAAUAUGAAACCUAUCAGUUGGUAAAAACAAUUUUCGAGGUAGUUCCCCCUAUACUCCAGUCAUUGGGUAAAGUGAAGAAUCCCUGGCCAAAUGUGGACGCACAUUCCGGAGUUUUGUUGCAGUAUUAUGGCUUGAAAGAAACCGAAUUCUACACUGUGCUGUUUGGUGUGUCACGUGCAAUUGGUGUGAUGUCAUCAAUCACUUGGCACCGAGCACUCCACAUACCCAUUGAACGACCAAUUAGCUUCACUACCGAUGCGCUAAUGAAAAUAGUGAAGGAUCAAGGCGAUAAAGGUGGCAAGGACGACAAAAAUAGUAAAAAUAGUAAAUGUCAAUAGAGCAAAAAACAUGUACAUAUGUACAUAUCUACGCAUGUAUGUGGAAAAUAUGACCUAAGGAUGAACUUAAAUUUUUUAACACUGAUUUCGAAAAUGUAUGAGAUCUAAAUGUCCUAAAAUAUUAAAACAGGUUAA